CGCACACACGCACACACACACACACACACACACACACGCAUACACACACGCACCCCGCAGAGCACAGGGACGCCCGCCACACGCCAUGGCUGCGACGCUGCUCGGGGAGGAACCACGACUUGGCAGCACCCCCUUGGCAAUGCUGGCCGCUACCUGCAGCAGAAUCGGUGACCCCACGUCCUCCUCCUCCUCCUCCCCCGCUCUCUCAGACGGAGCCGCAGGACUCUCCAAAGGUUUCCAUCCGUGGAGAAGAGCCGGCUCGGGUCAUCCCGGUCUGGGCGCUGGUUUCGCCUCCCUAGGUGUUCACCCCGGGACCUCGUCCAGGAGUAACGGGGCCGGAUCGGACCCCUCUAAUUGUACCGCUAUCUCCAGCGCUUUCUCCGUGACCACAUGCUCCCCGUUUGGAAAUGAUUUUUCGGUGUACCAGACGGCGAUGUCGCCGGACAACGGCGCCACCGAGCACACGCACGGGCAGCGGUCCAUGUUUUUGUCCAAAUUCCCGUCCGCGGCUGUCGACGGCGUGCCGGGGAUUUAUCCGAGGAUGGCCGCGCAUCACUAUGAGUCGUGGUUCAAACCCGUGGGAGAGGUGGGUAACGUCCCCGGCGGAGCGUCUGCGUGGUGGGAUGUGGGUGCCGGCUGGGUGGACGCGCAGAGCCCGGGCGUGUUGCCCUACAGCGCCGACUACAGCUCGAUGUCCCACAGCCACGCCGCUUUCAGCCCGGCACCCUCUCAACACGUCUUCCCCGCCGCGCAGCACCUUUUGGACGGCUUCCGGCCGUCCGCGUCCCAUGCAGACUCCACCGCGGCCGCUCCAACUGCGCUGACCGGAAAGCCCACCGUCUCCCUGCCAUCUUCCUCCCGCUCCUCCUCUUCCUCCCGCUCUUCCUCCUCUACCACCACCACCUCCACCACCACCACCACCACCUCCUCGUCGAGGCGCUACACCGGCAGGGCCACGUGUGACUGCCCCAACUGCCAGGAGGCGGACAGGCUGGGGCCGGGGGGCACCAGCCCGCGGCGGAGGGGCUUGCACAGCUGUCACAUCCCGGGCUGCGGCAAGGUGUACGGUAAAACGUCCCACCUGAAGGCGCACCUGCGCUGGCACACCGGGGAGAGGCCGUUCGUCUGCAACUGGCUCUUCUGCGGGAAGCGCUUCACGCGGUCCGACGAGCUCCAGCGGCACCUGCGCACACAUACCGGGGAGAAGCGCUUCGAGUGCGCGGUGUGCCGGAAGCGGUUCAUGCGCUCCGACCACCUCAGCAAGCACGUGAGGACGCACGGCGCCGAGGACGGCGGGGAGCCGGGGGGGCCCGGCAAGGGCGGCAGCGACACGGACAACAGCGGCACCGGAAGCCCCAGCCGCUCCCCCGGCUUGCUGCUGCGGCGAGCGCCGGAGACGGCGGCCGACAACAACAACGACGACGACGACGACGACGGACGCGAUUCGGGGGAAUGAUGAACCAGUCUGAGCCCGGCUGUUUACACACGUGGAGGGGGGGAAGCCGCUGCUGCUUCCCUCCUGGACGCUUAAACAAGGAACUGGCACUUUAUUGCUGUACAGUGUUUCUUUAUACCUCAUCUUCAUCGGUGAUAUGUGAUGUCUUCAGAGAUGCUUGACUUGGGCUUAUAUAUCCCACCAAACACGUGUCUUUGUUGAUCUUUUUGUUUUUCUUAUGUGAGUAAACCCCACUUUCAUCCCCAGAAUGGAGAGCUCUUCGAGUCGCACUUCGAAUUCAUAUUUAAGGGCAUCUUUCUCUUGUUAAAAGUCUUCGGUUGAAAAAUGUUGUCCCUAAACUUAACUGAGCAUAUAGCCGAUCCUGUUUGUUUGUUUUUUAAAUUGAAUUAAUAAAAUUGGAAAUAUCUGGGCAAUGUCUUGUUUUAUGGCUUGCUUCUAGUGACGAGCUUCUUUAUCGUUUGUUCAUUUUUAUUUCUUAUUUUUUUUGAUUUAACGAAUUUGGUGUCCGAGCUAAAAU